AUGAGUAACGAAGAAAACAAGGAUGAUGGGCCAAACCGUAUCAUGGUGUUUCUUCGCAUUCGUCCUGCCAAAAAAGGAGAAAUUGACCCCGCAGCUGGAACACAUUUCUUGCUUGAUGUUCAACUAGACAACAAAACCUGCCUAUUGGAGUCAAAAAGUUAUGAAUAUGAUUAUGUGUUCAAUGGAGAGGUUGAUCAAGGCGAUAUUUAUACUCGUGUGGCCGCACCUGUCAUUGGUAAUGUCUUCAAGGGUUAUUGGGGUACUGUAAUGGUUUAUGGCCAAACUGGAACGGGAAAAUCGUUCACGAUGUGUAACUUUAGUCCACUUAAUAUGGGUAUUAUUCCACGUGCUAUGAAAGCGAUUUUCAGUGCGGUGGAAAGUUGCCCUGACCGAAGCUUUACCAUCAUGUUUUCGUUUAUUCAGAUUUAUCUUGAUAAAUUACAGGACCUAUUUAAUCCAGAGGCCCCUGAAUUGAAAAUAGUUAGAGAUAAAAAUGGUGUGUCAUUUCCUGGGCUUGUGGAGCAUACAGUAAAGGACGAGGAUGACUUCCGUAGCCUUUACGAUGAUGGUAAUCAGUAUCGAGUGAUCACUGCUACAAAAAUGAAUCCAGAAAGUUCACGUGGUCACGCUGCUUUAUUUAUUCAAGUAAAAUCCGUUCCAAACGACGACCCAGGAGGUGAGGUUCGGAACGGAAAGCUGUUUCUUAUUGAUCUUGCCGGAUACGAACGCUUCAGUAAAACUGGUGUUCAAGAAGGGCAGAUGGCCUUGGAGGCCAAAGCUAUUAACGCAUCACUCCUUUCUCUUGGGAACGUUGUUCAGGCUUUAUCGGACCGGUCUGAACACGUUCCGUGGCGUAAUGCAAAAUUAACUCGUAUGCUUGAGGAUGCUAUUGGUGGACGUGCGAAAUGUAGUAUUAUUCUUACCGCAGGUCCAAGUAGUGAACAUAUGCACGAAACGUUGGGUACACUCUAUUUUGGAUCUCGGGCAAUGGCAGUGAAGACGAAUGCUAAACUUGCUGUAAAUAUUGAUUAUAAGAAACUGGCUGCAAAAUUACAAGAGUUGUUAACUGUGGCGGAGGGUCGUAUUAACUCACUCGAAGUGGAGGCAACCCGACGACAAUUGGAAAGAGAAGAAGCUGAGGCGGCAUUUCAUGCAGAAUGUACUAGAAUUAAACAGAUUCAACAAGAUCAGUUGAAUCAAUUAGUUGCAUCUGGUGCAUCAAAGGAACAAAUUGAAGAACUUAUCAGAUCCAAUGAAGAGGAGAAUCAAUUAAUGGAAGAGCAACAAUAUCAACAACGACAUGCACUUGAAGAGCGUCAUGAGGAGGAAUUAAAGUUGUCCCUGGAAAGACAACAACAAUCGAUAUUGAAUGAGACCUCAGCAUCAACUACGACAAUGAGUAAAGAUAUAGCUGAACUUCAGCGUCAGGUUUCUCACGAACGACAAGAGAAGGAAAAGUUCAGACUGAAAGCAAAAGAGGCUGAAGCGGAGGCACGGCGUGUAUCAAUGGAGAUGAAUGAAUUACGAGUACAGAUGGAAGGGAAUUAUGUUGGUUCACUGUCAGGAUCUUCUUCUAAUCCUGCGUUGAGGAAUGAGUUUGCACGACGUAUUGAGACUGUAAAGGCCAUGUAUGAAGAGAAUAUGCAACUUCGUAUCUCUGAGAUGGAAGAUUUACACAAUGAGGAAGUAAAUCACUACAAGGGGUUGUAUGACGAUUUGAAAAGGACUAUGGAUAACGAAAUACAAUUUCAAAAAGAUACGCUUGUUGCAUCCUAUGAAGAUACAAUUGAUAAAAUUCGUCAGUGUUCUACUGAUGUUCAAGACAAGCUUAAAAAGAAUCAUCUCGUUAUAAAGCAGUCAUAUCAAGCGCAAAAGGAGAUGCUGGAACAAGAAAACAAGGAACUUGCUGCAUAUUCUGAAACGUUAGUGAAGCAAGUACGUUCAUUGGGAGCUCAACCCGUUGAACGGCCAAUAAAUGCAUCAAAAUCUACACCUGUAAUGAUUUCAGGAGAUGCUAACAAACAAAUUCAGGAAAUGAUGUCGACAAUUAAUGAAUUAAGGGCAGAAUUAGCUUAUGUUCGUGCAGAAAAGGAUGCAAUAGCGAAGGAAAAUAAAUCUCAGGAAUCAAGAGGCAAUGAGAGGCUAACCUCUGCGCAGGCUCUUCGACUGAAAAAUGAAAAUGAAAUGUUAAAGCAGAGUAAGAAACAUCUUGAGGAGGAGGUAUUUUCAAUGAAAGCUGAAUUGGCCUUAUCUCGUCAUCAAGUGGAAGAAGAUGAUGAUGAGGAUGAUAAAGAAUUAGACAUUUUUGGGGACAGCGAAGAUAUUCCUACCUUUAUCAAAAAUGUCUUAAAGGUUCCAUAUUUUGCGAGAACUCAAGCAAUACAAAGCACACACAAAUCUAUUCUUGCAUCAUUGACCACUGAUCUUGACGAGUAUAGGCGUGUGCUAGAGUACCGAUUUUUUUUCAUGGGUGCCCCCAAUGCGGGUAAGUCCAGCAUUGUCAAGUGCCUUGCAGCAUCGUCCUCUCCAAUGAUUCGGAGCACUCCGGAGGUUCUCACACCGACAGUUCAUCCUAGUUUUACUCGUAUUUCUGUGGAUGAUAUGUAUUGUUCCAGAAACGACUGGUAUAAGACAUAUAUUCAGUUUUGUGAUUUGGAUGCUCCGCAACAGCAACAGCACUCAGGUGGGUUUUUUAAUUCCAUUGGUAUUUCAAAAAGCUCUAAGAGUUGUGGUGUCGUGGAUCCUGCCAAGGUGCAUAUUGACUUAUUGGAUCUUCCAAGUGCUCCUGAUUUUUGGCGUGUUAUUCCUUCCUUCUUUUUACCUUCGAAGAGUGUGAUUUACUGUUUGGUUUAUGACCUUACAAAACCUGUGGAGGGUGUUAAACAGGAUCUUGAAAUACAACUCACACUUCUUCAUGCGGCAUGUAAUCGAGCAUACUCCAAGGAAAUUGGUGGCGAAGCGGCUAAGAUUGGAUUUUGCCUGAUUGGUACUAAAAAAGACGCGCUUAAAGAUGCUCGAGAUGCCGCGGUAUUAGUUCAUAUUAACCGGAUUGCUGUUCUACUUGGAGAUACCUUCUUUCGCUUACGUGGUGAGAAUGAUCAGGGCCUUGUUUGUAUUGGCAACUUUGCGAUCAGCACAAAAGAUUGGUCGGUUGUGAGUAGAAAACGGGAUCAGGGACCAAGGACGUUUAAGGAUCUGAGCUGCUUUUUGGGCACAAUUGCAUCACAGCUCUAUUCGAAUCGUCCGAGUAAUCUUUUGCCAUCCUCAAAGGACACCGCAUCUCACCUAAGUUAUAUGCUGGGAGAUGAAUUGUUGGGAAGUUCCGCUGAAAAAACCUCACAUCUUGUGCAAGCACAACGGCGCCUGCGCCAAGGCAUUGUGACUCUGCUCACAUGUUUAUUUCGUGAGCGGAAGGUUCGAUGGGCCAUGCAAGAAAAAGAACUCAGGUUGAUGAUUUCUGAGCACUUGUGUUUGGAUGCAAAAACAAGUUAUGGUGUUUUUACAGAAAACUACGUUAUUCGUGAACUUUUCUCCCGCGGGGUUAUCAUUGCUCUUCCCAGCGCUAUUAUUGAACCGAAGUAUUUGCCACGUCUUGGUGACGCCAUGCCUCUUCCACACGAUGGAAUUAUCGUUUUGGACCCUAAUAAUCUAAUGGUGAGCUACUCCCUAUUUAUGUGCCCAAACUCCCUGACGCGGGUACCAAACGGGACGCCAUUUCUUAAAGAUCGUGAAGUUAUGUUGUUUGAUUACUCCGCUAUAAGCCGCUGUCAAACCACAUGGGGCCAAGGCAUUGUAACUGGUGAUGUGACUCAGGUUGUUAAUGUCAAGUUGUUGCCACAAAUGGGUAACGAUGUCAAAACGGUACAGGAGUUAUACUGUGUUAUGGGAUUGGGAUUAUGUCUGAGGACGGAAGUUGCCAUGAUUUCCCCGGCCCAUUUCUUAGUUCUCAUGUCUGAUUGCUUGAGUUACUAUCUAUCAUAUAUGAUUUCCUGCAAUGGUGACGGUGUUGCAAGGCAGUAUAAACUUAAUGCGUGCCCACCAACCCUCUUUGCGUCUCUGCAAACGAGGCUGAUUCCUUUUUCACAUUUGCCUUCGAAGGACCCACGACACUUGGUGAUGAACUGGGUGGACGCAUCCUAUUUGGUGCUCGACAAAAACCGUUUGAAGUACGCAGUUUUCGGCUCUAAAGCCGUGAAGGAUGAGGCAAUGCAAACAAAUAUUCCUCUUCGCGGCAUCAUGAAACACGAGGGUCAGUACUUGUAUAUUGGGAUAACGGGACGCCACACAAAUAGCGAGGAGGCUAUAGCUGCGUGUAACGCAGUCAUGAACGCUGUCCACUACGAGUUGACUUCUUUGUGCAGGCGGAGUUUCCGUGGGGUGAAGGUGAAAUAUCAAGACGUGCCCAUUACUGGGGCUUCCUUAAAGCGUGAGAGUUUUGCGAUUGGCCAGGAAACUAUUUUGAGCCGCUACAAGGCGGAUCCCAAAGUCAUUGCAGAGCAGCAGCGGAUCACACAAAACCUCAGCGAUCCGAAGGCGAGGGAGAUUGAGGAGGCCAUCAUUAACUUGCCGUUGAAGCUGCGUGAAAAAAAAGAAUGA